CUUUACGGCAACCGCGGAGACGCAUUGGAGUCAUCGCAUGCUGGUUGACGUUUCCCACUGUUUCCUACAGAUGGACACUCUUUAUAUCUCUCCCCACCCUGAUGACUUCAGGAGUCUAUUACCAUUGAUCGCAACUGAAUAUUGCAGCUCUCCUCCACGAGCAGUGCAUGAGGACCCCCCGGCUGACGUGGCCAGAUCUCGUCCAGCACUGGUCUUGGCUGGUGCAGGUGGGACGGCACUCACUGGUUCCAGUGCUGUAAGCUGGUACCUGGCAGCAGCCGGUAAACGGACGGGCAGCGAUAAGAAACAAGAAAGUCAGGUGUGGCAGUGGCUGAGCUUUGCUGACAAUGAGUUGACGCCCGUGGCUUGCGCUGUGACUUUUCCUUUGCUUGGUGUGAUGGGAGUUGACAAGAAGCUUCAACAGAGUUCCCAAGCAGAGCUGCUUCGUGUUCUUAAAGUUCUCGAUAAGACCCUAGAAACACAAACAUUCCUGGUCGGGGAGGCUGUUACUUUGGCUGAUAUGGCUGUUUCUAUGGCAGCACUGUUGCCAUUCAAAUAUGCUUUGGAACCUGUAGACAGGACGUCAUUGGUGAAUGUGACCAGAUGGUUUAAUACUUGUGUAAAUCAGCCACAGUUCCUGAAGGUGUUGGGUAAAAUCUCACUGUGUGAGAAAAUGGUCCCUGUGACACCCAAACCUGCUGCCGCCUCCAAUGCGACAGCAAACUCUGCUGCCAACACCGCAACAUCCGGCAAUGAACCUGCAGGUCCUCCUAAGACAGAGGCUCAACUGAAGAAAGAAGCCAAGAAGCGUGAAAAGAUGGAGAAGUUCCAACAGAAGAAGGAGAUGGAGGAGAAAAAGAAGCUGCAACCUCAGAUGGAGAAAAAAGCCAAACCUGAGAAGAAGGAACUGGGUGUGAUCACCUACAACAUCCCUACUCCACCUGGAGAGAAAAAAGAUGUCCUGAGUGCUCUGCCUGAUUCAUACAGUCCUCAGUAUGUGGAAGCCGGCUGGUACCCCUGGUGGGAGAAACAGGGUUUCUUUAAGCCUGAAUAUGGGAGGAAGAAUGUAAGUGAGCCCAACACUCAUGGAGUGUUUAUGAUGUGUAUUCCUCCGCCUAAUGUGACCGGAUCCCUGCAUCUUGGCCACGCCUUAACCAAUGCUAUUCAGGACAGCUUGACCAGAUGGCACAGAAUGAGAGGAGAGACCACACUGUGGAAUCCCGGCUGUGAUCAUGCUGGAAUCGCCACACAGGUGGUGGUGGAGAAGAAACUGAUGAGAGAGAAACAGAUGAGCAGACAUGACCUCGGCAGAGAGAACUUCAUCCAGGAGGUCUGGAAGUGGAAGAACGAAAAGGGAGACCGCAUCUACCAUCAGUUGAGGAAGCUGGGAUCCUCUCUGGACUGGGACAGAGCUUGUUUUACCAUGGAUACUAAACUGUCUUAUGCAGUUCAGGAGGCUUUUAUACAUAUGCAUGAGGAGGGUGUGAUCUACAGGAGCAAGAGGCUGGUCAACUGGUCCUGCACUCUCAACUCGGCCAUCUCAGACAUAGAGGUGGAUAAAAAGGAGCUGACAGGCCGGACUCUUCUCCCUGUGCCGGGCUAUAAGGAGAAGGUUGAGUUUGGAGUGCUGGUGUCUUUCUCGUACAAAAUCGAAGGAUCAGAUGAGGAGGUUGUGGUGGCCACCACACGUAUUGAGACCAUGCUUGGAGACACAGCUGUGGCUGUCCACCCCAAUGAUUCCAGAUAUCAGCAUCUCAGAGGCAAGAUGGUUAUUCACCCGUUCUGUGACAGAAAGAUGCCGGUGGUAUUUGAUGACUUCGUGGAUAUGAACUUUGGAACAGGUGCGGUGAAAAUCACUCCUGCUCAUGACCAUAAUGAUUAUGAGGUGGGAGAGAGACACAAGCUUCCUUUCAUCAACAUCCUGGACGAUAACGGCGUCCUCAUCAACGUCCCUCCUCCAUUCCUGGGUAUGAAGCGUUUCGAGGCAAGGAACGCUGUGCUUCAGGCUCUGAAAGACAGAGGCCAGUUUAAGGAGAUAAAAGACAAUCCCAUGGUGGUGCCCGUCUGCAGCCGUUCUAAGGACAUAGUGGAGCCUUUGAUGAAGCCCCAGUGGUACGUGGACUGCAGAGAAAUGGGAAAGCAGGCCGCAGAUGUGGUCAGAAAUGGAGAACUGAAGAUCAUCCCCGACCACCACCUCAAAACCUGGUUCAACUGGAUGGACAACAUCAGGGACUGGUGCAUUUCACGACAGCUGUGGUGGGGUCACAGGAUACCAGCGUACUUUGUAACUGUGAACGAUCCGUCAGUCAAACCAGGCGAGGAUGUAGAUGGACAUUACUGGGUCAGCGGAAGAUCAGAGGAGGAAGCCAGAGAAAAAGCAACCAAAUGCUUUAAUGUGACUGCAGACAAAAUCUCUUUCCGUCAGGAUGAAGAUGUGUUGGACACUUGGUUUUCUUCAGGGAUCUUCCCCUUCUCUAUCUUUGGCUGGCCCAAUGAGUCUGAAGACCUGAGAGUGUUCUACCCUGGCACGCUGUUAGAGACGGGCCAUGAUAUCCUGUUCUUCUGGGUGGCUCGUAUGGUCAUGAUGGGUCUCAAGCUCACCGGAAAACUCCCUUUCAAAGAGGUGUACCUUCAUGCGGUGGUACGUGAUGCACAUGGCAGGAAAAUGAGCAAGUCUCUGGGUAACGUCAUUGAUCCUCUGGACGUCAUCACUGGCAUCUCAUUGGAGGGUCUUCAUGCUCAGCUGACAGACAGUAAUCUUGAUCCUCUGGAGAUCGAAAAGGCCAUACAAGGCCAGAAAUCUGACUAUCCCAAUGGAAUUCCAGAAUGUGGAACUGAUGCGCUCAGAUUUUCUCUGUGCGCCUACACAGGUCAAGGCAGAGAUAUUAAUCUGGAUGUGAACAGGAUUCUGGGAUACAGGCAUUUCUGUAACAAGCUGUGGAACGCUGUGAAGUUUGCCAUGAGGACUCUGGGAGAAGCGUUUGUGCCUUGGGAGAAAGCUCAGCUGUGUGGCAGUGAAAAUGCAUCGGAUCGCUGGAUUUUGUCUCGGCUGUGUGCGGCAGUAGCUCUGUGUGAUAGUGGAUUCAAGGCAUACGAUUUCCCUGCAAUCACCACUGCCAUCUACAACUUCUGGCUCUAUGAGCUUUGUGAUGUCUACCUGGAGAGCAUAAAGCCAGUGAUGAGUAAGACAGAUCCAGAUGGACAGACGCAGGGAGACAUCUGUAGACAGACCCUGUACACCUGUCUAGAGGUGGGGCUCCGCCUCCUGUCUCCUUUCAUGCCUUUUGUUACAGAAGAGCUGUUUCAGAGGUUGCCAAGGAGACCGCCUCAAAACAGCCCCCCUAGCAUCUCCGUCACACCGUAUCCAGAUACAUCAGAGUUCUGUUGGCACAGUGAGGAGAUCGACCACCAGAUGGAGUUUGUCAUGUCUGUGGUCAGAACCAUCCGAUCACUCAGGGCUGAUUAUAACCUGACCAAGACCCGUGCUGACUGUUAUCUGCAGUGCAUAGACGCUGAUACAGCUGAUCUGGUCCAGAAAUACAGUUUACAGAUUCAGACCUUGUCUUACUCUCAGGCCAUUCACACAAUAACAGGCGACGGCACCAUCCCACAAGGCUGUGCGGUGGCCAUCGCCUCGGACAGAUGCACCGUUCACCUCAUGCUGAAGGGUUUGAUUGAUUUAGAAAAGGAGGUCACUAAACUAACAGCGAAGAGAGGAGAGCUGGAGAAACAGAUGGAGAAGCUGAAGGAGAAGAUGGCCAAGAAUGAUUACAAAGAAAAAGUCCCCGUGAAAGUGCAGGAGGCAGACGCUGAGAAGCUGAGGCAGAAUGAGACAGAACUGCAGAAAGUGAAGGAAGCCAUCGAGAACUUCAGCAAGAUGAUGUGACGCAGCUCGCUUUUCAGCACUUGUCUUUAACUUGCAAACUUUUAUAUUUAGAUCCUUUUGUUCCCUUUAAGUAUUUGCAAUCAUGUCUACUGAAGAACAACAUGGGAAGCUUGAAUAAACAUCAACUGAGAUUCAA